AUGUCAAAGAUUAUAGAAAAAAAAUUAAAUGGUCAUAAAGACACAGUUUUAAGUGUUGCAUGCCAUAAUAAACAAGAAAUAUGCUCAACAGGUUCAGACGAUUGUACAGUUAGAAUAUGGGAUUUAAAAUCAAAUAAAACAAUCAAAUGUAUUGGAAAAGAGGCAUUUAAUGAUAACCCAAUUAAUAAUGUUUGUUUUGAUGAUGAUUAUUUAUUAUAUUGUUCAUAUGACAAUAUAAUAUUAUCAUUUGAUUUAAGACAACCCAACAUAAUUUUAAAACAAUUUUAUAAACAAUAUAAAUAUAAUAACUCGGAAAUUAAUCAAUUAAAUUUUGAUUCUAAAUUUCAAUAUUUAGGAGCAUGCGAUGAUUCAGGUCAAACUAAAAUUAUAGAUUUACAAAAAGACAAAUUAGCCGAAACUCUUUCAAAAAAACAUUUAAAUAUUUGUUCAAGUGUUGUAUUUAAACCAAAUUCAAAGAAUGAAUUAAUUACAGGUUCAAUGGAUUUUUCAAUUAUACAUUGGGAUUUUCUUAAAUCAAAAGUUUUACAUAGAGAAAGUUUUAAUCCUCCAAUUCCUUUAACAAAAAAUAAAAAUAAAAAAGAUAAUAAUAGUAAUAAUGGUGACGAUGGUGAUAAUGAUUGUAGCCAACCUGCAACAACCAAUCAAAUGUUAAAUCCACCUUUUGUAAAUAGUAUAGAUAUAUCAAAUAAUUCAAAACAUGUUUCAGUUGGUCUAGGUAAUGGUGAUUUAAUUAUUAAUGAAAUUUCAAGCUUUAAACAAUAUCUUAAAAUUAACUGUGCCCAUAAGUCAUCAAUUUCACAAGUACAAUAUCCAAAAUAUUUAGAAAAUAAUUAUGAUACUUUAAUUACAGUGGGUAAUUAUGAUAAAAAGAUUAUACUUUGGGAUGUAUCUGAAGAAUGCAAUGAAAGAGUAUCAAAACUACCAAUUUCAGAUGAUCAAAAUAAUCCGAUUGAUAAUAAUAACGAAAGAAUUAAGUUAUGGACUACCCAUUCCGAAAAAAUUAAUUGUUUGACAACUUCACCAAUAAUAAAUAAUAAUAUUUUUAUUGCUGAUAUUUCAAAUGAUUUAUCAAUCUUAUCAGUCCAAUAA